AUGGAGGACCCUAAGACCGAGAAAAAUGUUCAUCACAAUGCAGAUCGCAGGGCGAGGGAGCUUUACCGCUACUACCAGCCUCCUAUACAAGCUGGCGUGGUCCCGUCUUGGCUUCCCACGAGCGAAGAGUUCCCAUUCUCUAGUCCUUCAGGAAACAUCAACACACCACCAAUCUCUGAAAGCUCUGCGCCCUCGGAAACCGGCAGAGUCCGUCCAUCGACUGCAAUCGGCCCUGACGCUCUGGUUUUGGGAACCUCGAACAGCACCUUGACCUCAUUUGCCCAGCUGGCAGCUUUGCGCCUGAACGUCGAGCGAGUGCUAAUUGCUGUGACGGAUCGCGACCGACAACAUAUCAUUGCCGAAGCUACAAAGACGCUGAAUUUGAAUGACGCAUCGGUUCACGACGACAAAGACAACAUCUGGCUGGGCGCUUCCGACACCCGCAGAACAUGGAGAGUGUGCAAGGACACUGUUGCAUUACCACCCAACGAUCGGGAGACCGCAAAUUAUCAAUUCUUAAUUGUGAACGAUAUGAGCGAGAGUCAUCGCUUUAAGCAACUUUCCUUUGUCGAAAACGAUCCACACUUUCGGUUCUAUGCGGGAACCCCCUUGACCACCAAGAACAACAUCAAUUUAGGCUGUUUUUUUGUGUUGGACAGCAAACCUCGGGAUGGAUUGACGUCUCUUGAAAAGGAUACACUGGGAUCAUUGUCAAUGCUUGUCAUGGACUAUUUAAGGAUUUGCAGGCAAGCUUCAGAAGGCCGCCGGGCGGCACGCCUCUCCCGAGGACUGAGCUAUUUUGUUGAAGGAAGCUCGAGCUUUGUGGACAGCGUGGACCCGUCACGCACCGACAGCACGGCACCUUUAUCUACUGGGUCUUAUAAAAACAGUGUCUCAGAUGGCUCACGUGGGAACAGCUUGGAGGAUGGAUUCCAAGGGAUAUCAAACAGCCCGCCGAACGAACGGUCUAUCGAUUCAAAUCCCUCUAACCGAAUUAGCGUCUCUCGUGGCUCCCGUGGCAACAGCGCAGACGACGCAUCGCAAGCGGCAUCGAACAGUUCACCAAAUAAUAGGUCUCUUAGCAAUGAUGCGCAAUCCUUCAGUUCGCAACCCUCCGACUCAAAACUAGAUACAGGAACCUCCGGUACGGGCAUAGGGAGUUCGUUGCCAGAAUGGCUGACAAGCAGUGGCCAGAACCGGUUACCGCCAGAUGAUUCACAGGGCAAUUCUUGGUGUUUCCGCAGGGCUGCAAACCUACUUCGCGAGAGUCUUGACUUGAAUGGCGAAAGUGGUGUCAUUUUCCUCGAAGCAAAUAACAGUCCCACGUUGGACAUCAACAGCGGAAGUGAUUGCUCUGAUGCAGGUGGACCUGCUCCCGUGUUGUCAGCGUCCACGAAUGAUGAGCCCUUUGCUCCCCAAGCUGGCUCAAUGGCCACAUGCGCUGCAGCCAACCUGGACCGAUCGUUUUUACAAUUAAUGCUCCGCCGCUAUCCCAGGGGAAAGCUGUGGUCUUUCCAUCGCGAUGGGCUCAUCUCGACAUCAGACGAUGAUGAUCAACAUCCUCAGGAUAACAAGGGCCCACUUACUCCCACCCAUAGUGCUUCCAGCCGUUCUCCAUCUGAUGCUCCCCCACCCCCACCACCUGAGCCUUCAAAGCUCACUCGGAAACGGCGAAAGGCCGCGGAGAACAGUGUUCUGAAUCAAUACUUCCCGAAUGCUACGCAAAUCAUGUUUGUGCCGUUGUGGAAUGCUGUUGCCUCUCAAUGGUUCGCUGGGUGCUUCUGCUGGAGUACUGUCGAGACCCAAGUGUUUACCACUUCAGUCGAAUUGAGUUCAGUGCUUGGUUUUGCAUCCUCUAUUAUGGCUGAAUAUAGUCGCGUCGAAUCUCUUAUAGCCGAUCGCCAGAAGGGCGAUUUCAUCGGUAGCAUCUCGCACGAACUUCGCAGUCCGCUUCAUGGAAUCUUGGCCGCCGCCGAGUUUUUGAGCAGCACUCAUUUGAACGAAUUUCAAGAUUCGUUGCUGGAGACGGUCAAUGCAUGCGGCCGGACCCUGCUUGAUACAAUGAACCAAGUACUUGAUUUCAGUAAAGUGGUAUCUCUGGAACGGACAUGGAAAUCGAUGAAACGCAGGAAAGAGAAACCGCUGGAUUUCAAAGGAACGGAUAAGCUCGCCUAUCACCUUGACACAUAUGUGGCCACGGAUCUCGCCAUCUUGGCCGAGGAAGUCGUGGAAGGCAUUUGUCUUGGCCAUGUGUACGGUCAAAGCUCAACCGCGUCAGCUGAUCUGCCCGUAUUGAUGCCACAUCACCCAAAGUUGCAAAGCGGACGAUCCAAUGUGGAGGUUGUUAUGGAUGUAGCGUAUGGGGAUUGGGUCUACCGCACCCAGCCUGGUGCUUUGCGCCGCAUUAUCAUGAAUUUGUUCGGGAACGCCAUGAAAUAUACGGAGGCUGGCCGAGUCACUUUGCAGUUGGAAGCGUCCAGUCAAUCCGAAGGACGAUCCCGCCGCCAGGGCCUCGAGGACUUGGUCACGCUGACCGUCACUGAUACUGGCAAAGGUAUAUCGGAAGAGUUUUUGCGCAGCAAGCUAUACACCCCCUUUGCCCAAGAGGAUUCUCUGGCGGUGGGCACUGGUCUGGGAUUAUCCAUAGUCCGAAGCUUGGUCAAGGCCUUAAGUGGAACCAUUCGCAUUCGCAGCCGCCCUGGAGAGGGGACCACCGUACAUGUGUCGCUCCCACUAGCCCGCCCUGUUGGCAAGGAGAGUCCGGCUAUCGAACCCUCAGGGCAACUCAUUCAGCAUAGAGAGACUCUGACUCAAACUCUUCUGCUUCGCGAAGGGUACCCAGGGAAACGGGCCGCGAUAUGGGGCAUUGACCCAGCUGAGGUGACGGGUCACUCCAAUUGGUCUGAGAUCGCUCGCUAUCUCACAGACUGGUACGCCAUAGAGCUUGUCUCGUGCUCAUCUGAGAGCACUGUCGAUAUGGUCCUGAUUGAUGAGAAUGACUUGCCACAAUUCCGCGAGAUCGCACCGGCGGUCACACUACCCGCCCUUCUCAUCCUGUGCCACAAAUCCGUGGAUUAUACCGGUGCACUGUCCGAAUGGUUGCCUCUUGCUUCUUCAGUGCACAUCAUCCGACGUCCUUGUGGACCACACAAGUUAGCUCGAAGCGUGACAAGGUGUCUAGCACAAAAUCAAUCAGCAUCUGCGACACCCGCAUCCGUCAUGCAGCCAAUCGAUUUACCUAUUCGAACUUCAUCCCUGCCAUCCGCCAUGUCUCCCGCCAGUCCUACCUCUUCCGCUGGUGCCAGAAGUGCCCCAGAAUUGAAUCUACCGGGAAUUCGCUCGACCAAACAGCGUAUGACGCCACUGGCAGGGCCAUCAGUUAUCACCUCAUUACCUGAAGAGAUUAUUGAAGCCCCCUUGCCGUCGCCAUUGGUAGAUGGUGCAAUCAACUCGUCGCGCCUGGCGCGCAUAUUGGUGGUGGACGACAACCGUAUCAACCUCAAUUUGAUGAUGACAUUCUUGAAAAAGCGCCAGCUCACCGAGCUGGAUGCUGCCGAGAAUGGCAAGCUGGCCGUGGAGGCGGUCGAGCGCAUGCAGAGCGGAUAUGAUAUCAUCUUUAUGGACAUCUCCAUGCCUGUCAUGAAUGGCUUUGAGGCCACCCGUGCUAUCCGCUCAUUGGAAAGGGACGAGGAUGGCCGUAAGCCUGCCAUCAUCAUUGCCUUGACAGGGCUCAGCAGCUCCCGCGACGAGUCUGAUGCCCUGGCUUCUGGUGUCGAUUUGUUCCUCACCAAGCCUGUGUCAUUCAGGGAAGUAUCACGACUUCUGACUGAAUGGGAAAAGGAUGGGAUGGAGAAAGAACGGAGGCUAUCUUGA